AUGUUCGCCUUCUUCUUCCUCAUUGUAAUGAGUUGCGCACUCGGCCUCAUCUGCGUGGCGUCUCUCAUCCAGCAGCGCGACCUGCAAUUGCAACGUCUCGCAGUGCGCAGUCUACACGGCACCAACGAGCACGACGCCAAUGUGCGAGGUCAGAUGGAACUCAUGCAACAACCUGCAGAGGUCGAUAACGCAAUGGAUGACCUCAGCAACUUUGAGUGCAUUGGCUGGAGAGCUCAACGCGAUUGCUUGCCCGACGGAGGGCCCGAUCCGCCCAACAACCGAGCAUGCAACGCCACAGUACACAACGGAGAGAGCGGAUACUGUGAGAUUCGGCAUAAAGUUACAGGCGAAAUGCAUCAGGUGAUGAAAAUGCACUGCAACUCGUUGCGUCCCGACGUUGCAUUCAAAUGUCAAGAAUUUUCCACCUUGUUGGGCUACGGACGGAAAGCCACCAACUAUGUGCAUGACACGACGUUCUCGAUGGAAAGUUGCCGUCAGCAACUGACAAACGACCAACUAUUGCCGAUUGUUGCAACUCCGCCUUCCUCGUACAAACGAGGAAUCGUCUUUGUGGUCUACGAGAAAAUGUUGCAAAGUGUCUACGCCUCAGUACGCUCACUACGUAGUAUGGGCUGCACUUUACCCGUUGAAUUGUGGUACAAACGCUCCGAGACGAACCCCUCGCACCCACUUUUACGGGAAUUGACGGGACGAUAUGGCGCUUAUAUGCGGGAAAUCAGAGAUCCACGAGCAUCCAAGUUCUAUACCAAGACGUACGCCGUAUUCUACAGCGCCUUUGACCAGAUCCUUCUCCUUGACGCCGAUAACUUCGCAGUGCGCGACCCCACGUAUCUCUUCGACACGCCACAAUUCCAGACCGACGGCGCCAUUUUCUGGCCCGAUUUCUGGCGUCCAAAAAAGACCAUUUUCAAUAUCCAGCCCACGAGUUUCGUGUGGGAAGUCUUCGAUUUGCAACCUGUCGACAUGUUCGAACAGGAAUCCGGUCAAGUUCUUAUUGACCGGAGGAUGCACCAGAAGGCACUCAACGUAUUGAUGUAUUACGCAUUUAACCCUAGCAUCUUCGAGCGUCUUCGUCUAGCUUGGGGGGACAAGGACUUGUUCCGCUUUGCGUGGCUUAAAACAGGUAGUUCCUUCCACAUGAUCGAGACGCCUCCCGGCUCGGCGGGCGCUAAAUUGCCGGAUCAAAACAUUUUCUGCGGUGUCACAAUGGUGCAACACGAUCCAGAGCGACGAAUCGUGUUUUUGCAUCGCAACCAGGAAAAACUGUCAAGUGAAAAUCAAGAAAAAGUCUGGGCGCAUAUCCAGGAAUUCCGGAUGGACCAAGUGGAUUUGGACGAGUAUGACGUACGCGGCGCCAACGGCGGUCGGUAUUUCCCGCAGUUUAAGCGCUGCUACGGCAAGGAUAUUUAUUAUGAGAACGCCUUCACGGUCAAGGCUAUCACUGAGUUGCCAUUUGCCGGUCUCGAACAGAGGCUGUUGAACUUUGUGCAAGAGGCUGCUCGUAUCGACGGCACAGCUGACCACCGUGCUCAGGGGUUGGAAGGAGAUGUUGCCAACGUGGCCGACCCGGCGCAACACUGA